AAAUUACUUUGACAUUGACUUUGACAAAUGUUUGCCGUCAUAACUUGUACUUCCUUCAUUUUCAAAUAACAAAUUCCGGUUCGAAGCUCUUGUAAUGCUAUAAAAAACUAUUUAAUGUUUAAGUGUAUUGGAGGAUUGUAAAGUAACUACCAGACAAAGUCAUGACCAUCUUUUUUAUUUUAUUGUGUUUUAUGAAUGUUUAUAUUCAAGUGAUUUGUGAAGUACCAAAUGAUUUACAAUUGAGACUUAAACGAGGGUCCAGAAAAACAAUAUUUGACGAACCAAGCUGUAGAAAUGCCAAAAGAUUUUGCGAACAGGUUACACAAAAUGAUGAUUUGCCAAUUUUGGAAUGUCUCCAUUCUUUACAUCCAAAUGACUUAGCUUCUCUAGAGACCGAAUGCCAACAUAUAAUCUGGGAGCACACAAACAAUCUUAUUAAAGAUGAUAGUAGAUUAUUGGUUUGUAAGAGUGAUAUGGAUAGUUUGAAUUGUAAUAAAGGAGAUGAAGGUUACUUUAAAUGUUUGGCAAAUGCCAAAGAAAAUAUUGUAAAUUCAAAUUGUCAAGAUAUUAUUAGAAGAAUUGAGAAUGUUGCAUUUACCGAUUAUAAAUUUUUGGCAACAUUUUUAAAAGAAUGCGAGAAAGAUGUUGAAGAACUUAAAUGUGGUAGUAUUACUUCUCAAGGAAUAUCACAAAUUAAUACUAUAGCUUGUUUACAAAGUAAUAUUUUACGAGUAUCUGAUAAUUGUAAACGAGAAGUUUUCCGACUUUCAGAGCUGCAGUCUGAUAAUAUAAAACUUGAUCAACAGUUGUAUCUAGAUUGUAGAGAAGAUUACUCGAGGUAUUGCCCACAAUUUCCUGCAGGUAGUGGACAAGUAUUCCAUUGCCUUGCCAGACAAGAUCCUCAGAGACUGAGUAAAAAAUGCAAAGAAAGUUUAAUUAGAAGGGAAACACUGAUUUCUCAAGAUUACAGAGUAAGUAAAGGUCUCAUGAGGUCUUGCCGAGAGGAUAUUAAAAAAUCUCAUUGCCGCAAACAAACAUCAAGUGAUAGAACUAUACGUUUAGCACAGAUUCUUUUAUGUCUUGAAAAUAUUGCUAGAAAUGGCAGUAAAAUUUCAUCUGACUGUGAGGCAGAAUUAGUCGAGCACCGUAGAAUGUUAAUGGAAGAUUACAGAUUAUCACCAGAGAUUGUUGAUGAUUGUAAGAGGGAAAUUGCAGUGUACUGUAAUGGUUUGGAGACUGGUGGUGUUACAAUUCAUUGCUUAAUGAAGUAUGCUAGACAAAAGGACGAAAGGUCUAGGGGAGGUAACUUUGAUAAAAAAUGUAAACUUGCUCUAGAAUCAUUAGUAAAAAGAUCCGAUGUUGGAGAAAAUUGGAAAGUGGAUCCAAUCUUACAUAAUGCCUGUGCACCAGUGGUUUCCACUGUUUGUAAAGAUAUUAACAGUGGUGAAGCUAGAGUAAUGAAUUGUUUAAUGGAUAAUAUAGGUUCAGAUCACAUGAAAGAGGAUUGUGAAGAUGCUCUUAUUCAGAUUCAAUAUUUUAUCUCGAGAAGAUUUGAGUUGGACCCACAAUUAUAUAAAGCUUGCAGAUCUGAUGCAUCGAGGUUAUGUAAGGUUACUACUAAUUGGGAAAAUGAAGUAGAUUCAAAUUACGGGCCUGAUGUCUUGUCUUGUUUAUACAGAUAUAUUGAUCCUGACGAUAAGGAUAUGCGCUUGGAAAAGUCGUGUCUGCAAAACGUUAGAAGAAUAAUGCGACAGCGGGCGGUGAGCGUGGAUUUAGAACCGACGAUUGAGGAAUCCUGUUUGACAGAUCUGGGCACGUUCUGUCACGACAAAGUGAAGAAGGGCGAGGAGAUGCAGUGUCUUCAAGAUAAUUACAGCAAUUUGGAUGAAGACUGCCAGAAAAAGAUUAGAAUGUUUACGGAGUACCAAGCUGAACACGCGGACACUAAUCCCUAUAUAAGUAAAUUUUGUUCGAAGAUUAUUGACACUGUAUGUAACCAGGAGGCAAGGAACGAUGAAGGAGAUGUUAUGGAGUGUUUGAUAUCCCAUAAGAAUGAUCCUGUUGUCAGGGGAAAUCCAGCGUGUCGAGCUAGUAUUGAACAUUUUCAAAUUAUUUCACUGAAGGAUUAUAGAUUUUCUUAUAAGUUUAAGGCGGCUUGCAAACCAUAUGCAAUGAGAUUUUGCGGGAAGGCUCAAUCCAAAAACGAUGUGGUGCGAUGCUUGAGCGAACAAGUUUUAAAUGCCACGGUUAACGGAAUUAAAAGUCAGAUCCCUCGCGACUGCAAGCAACAACUUAAAGCCCAGUUGUUUCAACAGCGAGAAAAUAUCGAAUACGAUCCCGUGCUAAAACACGCCUGCUUAGUGGAUAUUAAAAAAUAUUGUAGCCAAGUUACCUCAGGGAAUGCACAGGUAUUGGAAUGUUUGCAAUUGGCAGGCAACAAACUUACCGAUGAUUGCGAAAGGGAAGUUUUUAGAGUAAAGAAACAAGAAGUUUAUGAUAACACCUUGGAUUAUGCUCUUAUAACCAAAUGCUCGGGAACAAUUGACCAGUUUUGCCAACAUUAUGACAAAGAAAACGUUUUUGAUUGUUUGCGAAAGAACAAAGACGAAAAAGGAUUUGACAAGAAGUGUAGAUCUAUAGUUAUGCACAGGAUAGUGGAACAAAAUUCGAAUUAUCAACUUAACCCCUCAUUGCAGCAGAGCUGCAAUCUGGAUAUUAAUAAGUUUUGCAAGAGUUUGCUGACCUCCCGUAAUAAGGAGACCAACGGAGUUGUAAUUAAAUGUCUAAAAGAACAAUUCAAGUUAUCUAGAUUGACGAAUAAAUGUGAGAUAGAAAUGUCUGCCAUACUCAAAGAACAAGCAUUAAAUAUUGACUUGAAUCCAUUAAUAAGGACUGUUUGUGCCAACGAAUUAUCGACGAUCUGUAAAACGAAAGAAGAGGAAGACACGGGGGAUACAGAAGAAUGCUUAAAGGAAGCAUUGCUCAGCAGUCGUAUUCAGACGCCCGAAUGUAAAGUGGAAGUGGCGAAUAUGAUCGAAGAAUCUCAAGCAGACAUCCAGGUGGAUCCUUUACUACAAAGCGCUUGUGCUCUGGACUUGCUUAGUUUUUGUAGUGACAUACCUCAAGGCAACGGCCGACAUAUAAAUUGUUUAAAAACCAUACUGGAUAGUAACAAAAGGCUCUCUCCAAAAUGUAAAAAUAUGCUCAAAAAGAGGUUGGAAAUGUAUAAGAAUGCAGCUCAGUUUGCCCCUCCGGUACCGCCAGAGGACCUCCAGCAGCUCUACAGCCAAGUCGUGACGUCGCCGUCUAAGCAAUAUUUCUUCCUUAUAACGUUGAUGAUCCUCGGUUCAAUAUUUAUCGGAGGUAUUUUAUGCGGUAAAAUGAAUAAGCGGAAAUAUAUGUUGCUAAAAUCCAAAUGAUUUUAUAUUAUUGUAAGUAGGUGUAUAUUUUAUAUAAAAACGAAUAAAUUAAGUAUAAACUUAAUUAUAAGAUAUAUUGUGAUAAUAUACAAUAUGGCUUAAAGAGAAACAAACUGUGUUGACUGAAGGGCAUCCUAAUUAUUUUGUUGAAGUAUAGUGUUAAAAUGUAUUAUACAACUUUCUUUAAAUGUGUUAUAUGCCAUUGUACAAAGUAUUUUUAUUAAUAAAGACUUUUCGAAAUUUAC